ACUCCCGGGGGGACGUUCCGUGCCGCGGCCGCCGCUUCUUUCACACUUUAGUUGGGAGCCGCGCGCCGCGCUCAGUUACUGGAGAGCUGGCCGCGCGCCGCCGCCUCCCGCACGCACGCACGCGGGCCGGGCUUCGGGGGUUUCGGCUCUUACUCCCGGCGUCUGGGAGGAGGGGGAGACCCGGACUCACUGUGGGGAGGAGGAGGAAGAGGAGGAGAAGGGAGGAAGAAAACAAGCGAGGAGGAUCCGGGCGGGGGGCGGGAGGCUUACCACCUUCAGCCCCCCCGCGAGCGCCCAAGGUGCGCACAUUUUGACCGACUCAGCAAGAAGGUGGAUUUUCCUUGUGUCUAAAGAGAAAAAAAUGUCCCCGUGUCUGUAGAGAUGCUUUGCAGUUCAGCCCGGCUGAAGCUGACCGAAUGAGACUAUGGGCUGUGCCUCUGCGAAGCAUGUUGCCACUGUUCAAAAUGAAGAGGAAGCCCAGAAAGGGAAGAACUACCAGAAUGGAGACGUGUUUGGUGAUGAGUAUAGGAUCAAACCGGUGGAAGAGGUCAAAUACAUGAAAAAUGGGGCAGAAGAGGAGCAAAAAAUAGCAGCCAGGAACCAAGAAAACUUGGAAAAAAGUGCCAGUUCAAAUGUAAGACUUAAAACUAAUAAAGAGAUUCCGGGAUUAGUUCAUCAACCUAGAGCAAACAUGCACAUCUCUGAAAGCCAACAAGAAUUCUUCAGAAUGCUGGAUGAAAAAAUUGAAAAGGGUCGAGAUUACUGUUCGGAAGAAGAAGAUAUCACAUAGCACCAAUUCUACCACUCAAACCGGGAGCUACUACUGUGUAAAUAGGUUACACCCCACGUUGAAAUCUUUGCAAAGGUCGGUUCUCUUCAGCGAACAGCACUAUAGCAAAAGAAGAUCGUUCCAUAUCGUAUGCCCCAUUAAAUUACAAUGUUUCUUAAUGAACUUGCAAAGGAAUAUUGCUAAAAACAAACAAAAAAAAAACUGUUAUCGAACUUUCUUUGUUGCUGCUAGUUAAAACUUGUUGCAACUUUUCACUUCUCUCAGUGUCCAGGUCUGCAGCAAAAUUCUGCAAUUUCACCUUAAAGAUACUGUUGGUUUUACAGAUGCUCUCCAACCUAUUUUCUAUAAGAUGAGGUAGUGGUGAACUCAGAUAUCCAACUUCUGCUCUAGACCGGUUCCGCUUCUAAGACAAGCGCCUCCUUCCCUCUCUCCUCCCUCCCUGCCUUCCCCCCCCACAAGCAGUCCAAAGCCUUGCUUCUCACUGGCAGUGUUUCGCUUUGGAGAUGGGACAGUUGCUAUGGCAAAAGCCUUGUUUCUCUGCGAAGAAGAAGUAGAGGCGCUGUUAUCGAUUAAAAGCAUGUUGUGACAUGACUCCUGGAGGUGACAUAGGAGCGAACGGCAGGUGGUUUCAUUUCCUGGGUCUCUUAAUCAAAGAUCAAGCUUGCAGCGUCAGUUUUGCUCAGAUGCAGACGGAAGUGUGAUCACAAUCAUUUUGGAUCCCUCUUGCCUACUUUUUUUUCUAAGAAAAUAAACAUUUUACUGUUUUUA